GUUUCGACAGUUGACACAAAUCACAGGCAGAUUAAGCUUGAAUGAAACAUCCAGACGAGCUGAUUAAAUUAAGAUACGUAGAGUGAAAAAGAAAUCCAAAAAUGCGCUUUAGUCAAAGAUAGGGGAUAGUUUUCAGACUUGUUUUUUUCGCAAUGGAACAUUCUGAUGAAAGAUCCACUAAACGGCAAAAAAUGGACAUAAAUGAAGGCUUAAUUACAAUAGAUUUAAAGUGGAAUAACUCACUGUAUCAGUUGUUAGUCGAUCCAGACGACGAUGUGUUGAUUUUAAAGCACAAGAUACAAAUGGAAACAGAAGUUUUGCCGGAACGCCAAAAGAUUCUGAAUCUCAAGGGCAAAAAUAAUGUAAAAAUUGAUGAUAAUUCGAAAAUCUCGGAUCUUUUAAUUAAGCAAGGCAAGCCACUUCAAAUGGUUGGUUCACGGGAAGAGGAUAUACGGAGUGUAAAUGAAAAGCCAGAAGAAACUGAUGAGAUUGUGAAUGAUUUUGAGGAUCCAGAGCAGCAGGAUAAUGAUUCAUUUGAGAAUCGAGAUGUUUAUUUAGCUAAAAUUAAGCGACGUGUUGAUGAAUAUAAAGUAGAAGUUUUUAAUCCUCCACGACCUGGAAAAAAGCUCUUGGUUCUGGAUAUUGAUUAUACAUUAUUUGAUCAUCGGUCAUCGGCUGAAACUGGUGCUGAACUGAUGAGACCAUACUUACAUGAAUUUCUAACAAGCGCUUAUGAGCAUUAUGAUAUUGUGAUUUGGUCCGCAACAAGCAUGAAAUGGAUUAUUGAAAAAAUGAAGCUUCUUGGUGUUCAUACGAAUGAAAAUUAUAAAAUGACAUUCUAUCUCGAUUAUAAUGCAAUGAUAUCGAUUCAUCAUCCAAGUAAGGGAGUUGUAAAUGUUAAGCCUUUGGGAGUAAUUUGGCAAAAGUUUCCGGAAUUCUAUUCAUCCAAAAAUACAAUUAUGUUUGAUGAUAUACGUAGGAACUUUUUAAUGAAUCCAAAAAGUGGUCUACGAAUUAAAGCAUUUUCGCAAUGUCAUCUAAACCGUUCGACAGACACGGAACUGCUCAAGUUGGCUAAAUACUUGAAAAAAAUUGCCGAAAAUUGUGAUGAUUUUAAUCAGCUUAAUCACCGAAAGUGGGAAGGCUAUAAUCCAUGAACAUUUUUAAAAAUUGUAUUAUUUUUCCUUCAACAUUGAAAUAAAAGUAAAAGUAAAGGCCUUUCAGGUUUAAAUUCAGAUCUUCAGGA